AUGAAUCCUUACACUCCGCCCGAGACAGGAACCCAAGGAUCCUUAUCCCGGCAAAACUCCAGUUUCCCAUCCAUGUCAAUGAGUCCUUCUUCGCGGCCAGUACUGCCAAUGGAGGUCCCCCACGCCAAACGCAACACAAUCAACCAGAGGCGUUGCCGCGCCCGACGGCAGGUGUACAUUGAAGACCUCGAGCGCCGGAUACGCGCUUACGAGGCUCAAGGCGUGCAAGCUACUACGGAAGUGCAGACAGCAGCACGGAAGGUCGCGGAGGAGAAUCGCGCCUUGAGAGAGGAGGUCAAUGCUUUACGGGGGCAGAACGAGGCUUUGCAGAGGGCAUUGGCAGCGUGUUCCGGUGGCCUGCAAUCGAAGGAGAACAAGCUGGACGGCAGUUCCUCCACGGACGGACGAAAGAAGAUCAGACGGGUCGGCCCAACGAAGAAGAGCCGCGCGUUUGAUGGCAAGGCAUUUGCGCAGGGCCCUUCCUUCACGAUCUUCAGAGAACCAUCUCAUCAGGAUCCUGAAACAGACGCGACCAACAUCCAAAUGGGUGUUCCGUCGACUCCCACAUCUUCUUCUCGCCUCCCACCGAUGCUCACGUCCGGACCGGCUCCAAAAACAUUCACUUUGCAUGAUAUCGCAGCAGCCGACGGCCAAGAAGAACGUAUCUGGCGUCCAACCGUCGAAGAAGAGGACGAAACUUCGGCUUUCAUACCUUCGCCUCCACCAUCGACUUUUACCACUUCGGACCCUGAAGACCUGUCGGCAACAGCACACCAUCCCUACUCACCUCCACCGCCCGCCGUCUCUUCCUUCCAAUCCAGGUCAAAAAUCUGCCAGCCCGUCAGCACUGCCAACAGCACGCCCUGUCUCGAAGCCGCCCUCAUCAUCGCCAGCAUGCGCGGAGUCCCCUCCGACGACAUUACAGUGGAAACAGAAAUCCUGCCCGAACUCGGUUGCUCCGGCCCCCUCUCGCGGCCGAGAUGCAUAUCGCCCGAGGAUUGUAGGGGACACGGCCACGGCCACGGAUACAGCCAGCGCCCCAGAUCGGGGAAUAGCACUAGUGCCAUCAUUAUCGACGACAGAAAUAGGGGAGAACUGGAAAUUUCUACGUGCGCGGUCGACAAUGGGAGAUUAUUUGGCAUUCUCGCGCGGGACGGGUGA